UUAUACAUCGUUAGAAUUAACUUUCCUUGCUGUACCGUAGCGAAACAGUUGUGAAAGAUUGUGCUAUCAGUGGUGAAAGAGCGCGGAAGCGAAAGCAUCCGUCAACUGCACCACCGUAUCGGUGCUCCUGCUGGACCGAUAGAAACCGAUUAGAAUUUCCGUACGGUUGGUUGGCGGACGCGUGUUCUUGUGUGCGUUAUGUGGUCUUUUUUCUCACGCGAUUCCUCGAAAGACUUUCCUUAUGAAAUCGGAGAACAAGUGCAACAGUUUGACACGAAAAGCAUCUGGAGUCUACACCGUGGCAAACGGAAAGGAUCCAAUGAUGAGGUGUCAGUCUUUACAUAUGACAUCAAGAAUGGUUCGGACAUUAAGCUGGAGCUAGCGAAAUCCGCACUAAAGCGACUGAAAACUCUGCGCCACCCUAGCAUUCUUCAAUUUCUAGAUAGUCUGGAAACGGAUAAGGUACUAUACGUAGCCACCGAGCCUGUCGAGCCGUUAGGUACGCACAUCGGCAAGCUAUCAGCUGAAGGACCUCAACGGGACUUGUAUCUGGCCUGGGGUAUCUUUCAAAUCACGCGCGCGUUAUCGUUUCUUAACAACGAUGGUAACCUGCGACAUAAUAAUGUCUCUGUAUGGUCGGUAUUUGUUAAUACAUCAGGCGAAUGGAAGCUUGGUGGACUGGAAUACGUAUCUUCAACUGAGUUACCGGUGGUACCACCGAUCAAAAUACCGCCAUCAUUAGAAAUUUAUGAUCCACCGGAAAAGAGUGACGCAAACAAACUGAAAUCAGCAACAAAAUGCUCCAGUGAUAUGUGGGGUCUUGGCUGCCUGGUAUGGGAAUCCUUUAACGGACCGUUGAAAACGCGAGGAAACUUGAAAAACAUUGAAGGCAUUCCAAAAUCGUUAGCUCCUUUGUAUUGCGAGCUUGUCGGCGCUGCACCCAUAAGCCGACCAAAUCCGGCAGAUGUUAUUACCAAAUGCCGGAAACCUGGUGGAUUUUUUAAGAACGAUUUAGUGGAUUCGCUUCUAUUUCUAGAGGAAAUUCAAAUAAAGGAUAAAGUGGAAAAAAUGCGAUUUUUUAGCGCACUUACAUCGCAAAUAGACAACUUUCCUGACAAUGUUUGCAAGCACAAAAUUCUACCCCAAUUAAUAACGGCCUAUGAGUAUGGUGAUGCCGGAUCUGCAGUUUUAGCCCCAAUGUUCAAGCUGGGACGACUCCUUGAUGAAGCAGAAUAUCAGAAGCGUAUAGUGCCAUGUGUAGUAAAGCUGUUUGCUUCGACCGAUCGCGUUACACGCUCUCGUUUGCUGCAACAACUCGAUUUGUUUAUUUCCCAUUUGCAGCCCAAUGUGGUGAAUGAUCAAAUUUUUCCCCAAAUCGCACAUGGCUUUCUAGAUACUAAUCCGACAAUUAGGGAACAAACAGUGAAAUCUAUCAUUCAUUUAGCACCAAAGCUAAAUUACAACAAUUUGAAUGUUGAAGUACUGCGUCAUUUUGCACGACUGCAGUCAAGAGAUGACCAAGGCGGUAUUCGAACGAAUACGACUGUGUGUCUAGGUAAAAUUGCGCCGCAUUUACAUCCCCAGGUCCGACAACGUGUCCUUGUCUCCGCAUUUAUACGAGCGAUGCGUGAUCCGUUUCCACCGUCGCGAGUGGCAGGAAUUUUAGCGCUUGCGGCUACACAACAAUAUUUUUUGUUAAACGAAGUUGCCAUUCGUAUUUUGCCUGCUUUAUGUCCCCUCACGAUGGACGCCGAAAAAUCCGUACGCGAUCCUGCCUUCAAAACACUACGUGGAUUUUUGGGCAAAUUAGAAAAAGUAUCAGAAGAUCCAAGUCUACGCGAGAGUAUGGAAGCUGAUGUGCACACAGCAACGCCGUCGCUGGGAAAUGCUGCUGCAACAUGGGCCGGCUGGGCAGUGACAGCGGUAACCGCCAAAUUCUAUCGCAGUCAAAGCGACACGGCCCGACCGAGACCACCACUAACGGGUAAAACUUUGAGUAAACCUGCUUCUUUGGAACAACCUUCAAGUAGCAGUAUAUCAACUACCACCAGUAGUGUUACAUCGAUGACCUCACUGGAACAUGAAAGCGCUGACACAUCUGCUUCAGCAAGCGAUUACGGACCCGAUAAUUGGGACCAAGAAAACUGGGGCGAUAUGGAUACUUCUCAAGAUCCAAGCAGUCCAAUGGCAGGUACAUCCAAUCAACUAAAUCAGAACCUAAACAUGAUCGGUAGUGUAAACGAUAUGCGUGAUGGUUGGGAUAAUGAAGACUGGGGAAGCCUUGAAGAAGAUCCGCAUGAAACCGAACUGAACGAGAAAGACGAAGAUGAACACAAUCAGGCACAGCAGAAGGAAGCGUCACACAUGGCUAACCCGUCUGCAAUUUUACCUAACCUUGUGUCCUCGAUCAACAACAGCAGCAGUGGUGGUUCUUUCAAUAUGGGUCGCGGUGGGGGUGGCAGCAGCAGUAGCAAUAGCACAACAAACAAUACAACCAACUCGUCUGUUACGGACAGCACAGUAAAAGCAAGUAGCAACAACAGCAGUAGUAGCAGUACGUGUGCCAGUACCAAUACUAGCAACAGUAACAACAAUACCAUCAACACCAUGGCGAAUCAUAUCAGCAGUCCUAGUAAAAUGAUCGCUCUUAAGAACAUGAAUAACCUACUCAACACUAGCAGCAGUAACAGCAAUCAACUGACCGGUUGGAACAAUGGUGGAGGUGCGGGAGAUGGCUGGGGCGACGGAGAAUUUGAAUCACUAGACGAACCAAGUGCGGGUGGUAACGCGAAAAUGGACGAGGCGCGUCGUAAGCGCGAAGAGAAGAAAAUGCAGCGGCAACGCGAAUUGGAGGCAAAGAGAGCUGCCCGUACUGGUUCUGGCGGUGGUCCAAUGAAGUUAGGUGCCAAAAAAAUUUAAUCCGAAAGCACAACGUCCUGUUGGCUCACCCAGAUAACGUGUACUAUAUGUUGCGUAACGCGUGAAUACAAAUGGUCGUUACAUUUGGUUAAAUCGUGGACGAUGUUAGAUGUCUAAAAUAUGGCAGGAAAUACGAUUUGCGUCGGCUAAUACUGCUAUACGGUUAAAAUAGGUCCUGCUGUAAUGACUGGCCGAAGAGCAUAAGAUUGAUGCUGCACAGCAGUAGAACAUUACUAGCAAUGCAAAACCACACCAUACCAAACUGAAUUAACAACAACAAAAAUAGUUAGUAGGUGUGUGGUGCAAAAAGACUGCGCUUUCUGUACGGAACAGUGUGAAGCGUAACGAAGGUAAAAAGAAAACUCGAAAUUCUCGUAAAAGCCUUUUUAGAUGAUAACAAUAAUAAGAUCUUCAUAAGCCCCAGAAUUAUACGAUGCAAUCAUCCGGUGCAAUGUUCGGUGAUCGGUGAUAUUGUCUCUUCCCUUGGGUUUUUUGUUGUUAUUAAAUUCCUUAAACAAUGCAACGGGUGUACCGGUCUUUCAUAUAUACAAAAUUGGAUACUCAUCAUACUGAACGUGUGUAUGUGUGUCUUCUGAAGCGUAAAGAGUAAUGACAAUGAGUAAUAAUCAUACCAACGUAUAACAACUUCGAGUUUUAUAGUUUUCAUUCCACAUAAUGUUUCCCGAGUGCGUGUGUUUUUUUGUCCAACUUUGCUAGGUAUUAGAUUGGAUUCUAAAGGAAAUUUAAAUGCAAAACAAAUCACCAUUUCAACAUCAGAUGUUUCGAUCUGAUAUCGAUCGCAAAUGGUUUAGCCUCGGAACGGUAAGCAGAAUAUAUGUAACAAACAUUUAAAAUAUACCGUGAAACAAGAUGCACGUAACGGCAAACAAAUAAAUUUCGUCAAGACAAGUGAAUAGCUUUAAUAGAAAAUGUACGAAUUUAUAGCGUCAGAAUUGGUUUAACAUGGUCGAAUAGAUCAAUGAUUUUGCAAUUGGAGAUGUUUUCGCUGAAAGUUAAGGAUCUGACAAGGGUUCCAGCGGCUUCACACUGCUCCUGCAUGUUUACUAGAAAUGAGUUUUUCCUCACGCCCUUUUUUAUCAUUAAAAAUAUUUGCAAUCUUCUUAAUUGGUAGUUACGUAAAUGUGGACAAAGUUAAAAAAAAAAGUUUCGUACUCCGUUAUAUUUCCAUGCUUGCCCUUUAAAAGGGUAGAUGCUGGCAGGAGAAAAUAAUUGCCUAUCGAUAGUUUAACGAUGUCACCAGAAAAACAUUGGUAUUUUUGUUUAAGACAGUUCCACUUCGCUGAACAAAGCAGUCAGGGGCCAAAAUCUAUCGGUAUCCAUAAGUUACAAUGGCUCGCUAUCAUAGUAUUACUUAGUUGCUUCCAUUUCAAAUUUACAUUGAAUACAAUUAACAAAAAAAGAACGAGUGAGAGUUAAUUGAAAAGUUUUUUUUAUUCCUUCCAUUGGUAUUGGGUUUGUAGACGUGUAUUACAAACUCGAGACUCACCUUUAUAAAUCAUGCUUGCGAUGAAGAAGUUACCUAAGUCAUACAAAGGUAGCUUCCAUUAGUAACAUUUGUUUUACCUAUAAUCAACUUUUGCAUUAAGAUGGUCACAUUAUACCUGUUAUGUGUGUUUUGGCCCGUAUCCAUCAUCCAAGACAUUUGAUACUGCAUCGGUCCAAACACGAAAGCUUCUACUGAAUUGUAAAUCUCACUAGAAAAAAGAUAUAUUCAGUUUGUACUAAUGUUAUCAACAAUCGUUUGUCUAAAAUUUCCUUUUGCAGUUGCUUGAUUAACAUUUUCUUUGCGAAAAAAUAUCAUUACCAUGAUUACUGGGGUGCGCUAUCAGUAGUCAUUCUAAUGCUUCUAUUAUUGCAUAUCCAUUUUUAGGAAAAAAUGACCAUGUUCUUUUCCUGUCGUUCAUUGACAUUUCUUUGUACUGGCAAGACUUCCUUUUGUGGUUAUUAAACCCCCUUCCCCACCCUUCUGGGCUCUGUCAUGCUCAAUGAUGCGUCUAAACAUCGCAUUGGAUGAAUCAAUUCUAGAUAGGUAGAGUAAUCGAUUCGACGAAAUCAUAGAUAGAGUAAAAUUAAAAUCUAAUAAUCAAGCACCUUAGCAAACUUUUAAAAGUAACAGUGCACGACCACGUCAACGUCUUAAAAACUAAACCAGCGUAAGUGAAAAACAAUAAAGCAAAAAUACUGUAAUUAAUCGCAUUUUCCAAAUGCUAUAAUUUGGUCCGAACUGGCCGGAAAGGUGAAAAUCAGAAAUCGAAAACUACC